GACAACUUGCUUUUACUUUGAGUGUCUUGAGAAACAUUUGUAUGAAGCAUUAGAUAAAUUUGCUCAAUUUUUUAUUUCUCCUUUGAUGAAAAAAGAAGCCAUGGGAAGGGAAAGGGAAGCUAUCGAUUCUGAAUUUCAGAUGGCCCUUCCUUCUGAUGAUAUGCCCAAAGAGCAAUUGCUCUGUAGUUUGGCGAACCCUAAUUCGCCUGUGAAUUCUUUUGGAUGGGGGAAUUUGAAAACAUUAAGGGAUAAUAUAUCAGAUGACAAGCUCUACGAAGGAGUGCAUGAAUUUAGAAAACGACACUAUUCUGCACAUAGAAUGACCCUUGCUAUACAGGCAAGAUUACCAAUGGAAACGUUACAGACCUAUGUGCUAGACUGUUUUUAUAAUGUACCAAAUAAUAACUUACCCCCAGAAGAUUUUUCUAAAUUUGGGGAUGGAAUUUUUGAUACACCUGAGUUUCAGAAAAUGUACUACAUUAAGCCAAACACAGAUUUGUGUCAGCUUGAUUUGACUUGGAGCUUACCCUGUCUUCAAGACAAAUAUAAGACCAAACCACACAACUACGUGGCUCAUUUGAUAGGAGAUGAAGGAAAAGGAAGCUUACUGGCCUACCUAAAACAAAAAAUUUGGGGUUUAGCUACAUCAAUUGGUAACGGAGAAACAGGGUUAGAGUAUAAUUCCAUGUAUUGCCUUUUUACAGUGACAAUAGUUUUAACAGAGGAUGGAUUCGCACAUGUAUAUGAAGUCAUAGAAGCUAUAUUUAGUUAUAUAAACAUGUUGAAAGAGAUGGGACCGCAAGCAAGGAUUUUUGAUGAGAUAAAGACGAUUGCCGAUACAUCAUUCAAGUUUUCCACAGAAGAAAAUGCUGUGGAUAUAGUUGAAGAUUUAUGUGAAGCUAUGCAGUUUUACCCGCCUGAAGACUAUAUUGCUGGUUCGGAACUUUAUUAUGAAUACAGUCCUAAGGAUAUUCAAACGAUAGUGGACCACCUCAACCCUGAAAAAGUGAAUAUUAGAGUAUUAUCAAAAACAUUACCUAAUGGUUUAAAAUUUGAUAAAAUAGAACCAUGGUUUGGCACUAAAUAUACUAAUAUAGAUAUUCCCGAAUCUUGGAUAGAAAGAUGGAAAUCUGUUAAGCCUUAUCCUGAAAUGGACAUGCCACCUCCUAAUCCGUACUUAACAAAAAAUUUCUCCAUCUUGCCAGAAAUAGAAAAUAAUCCAGAAUAUCCUAAAAAAAUUAUAAGUACACCUUUACUGGAGAUGUGGUACAGGAAAGAUCAGAAAUUUAAAUUGCCACUUGCUUAUUACUACUUUUACCUAAUUAGUCCUUCAGCGAUAGAAUCACCUAAAAAUUCUGCAAUGUUAGAUAUUAUCCUAAAUAUGUUUGUCAUUGCCAUAACUGAAGAACUGUACCCAGCAACUGCCGCCGACCUAUCCUACAGUUUUUCAGUGCAUGAAAAAGGACUUAUGAUAAAAGUGUCAGGUUAUAAUGAAAAACUACCACUUGUCAUUGAAGUAAUUUCAAAAUAUUUAGUUACCCUUAAUGAUCACCUAACAGAAGAAAUGUUUAGUGCGGUAAAAGACAAAGUAGUCAAAAGUUAUUACAACAAACUUAUAAAACCGUCCACACUAUCAAAGGAUGUAAGACUGAAACUCUUGGUAUCCAAUAGUUGGACACCAGUUGAUAAACAUUCAGCGAUAGUAAAUGUCACUUUAGAACAAGUGAAGCAGUUCUAUAGAGAAUAUAUGAAAUCUCUCUACGUUAAAACGUUAGUUCAGGGAAACGUGUCUGCCCAAGUUGCAUCUGAAACUAUCGACAAAUUUGUAAAAGCACUACAAUUCGAGCAGCUUCCUGAAAACUCUUAUCCGAAGUUCAAAGUGGUUCAAAUUCCAAAUGGUGAAAAGUGUUGCAGAAUACAAGGGUUCAAUAAAAAUGAUGCCAACUCUAUAAUAACAAACUAUUACCAGUCGGGUCCAUUUUCAAUUAGAAAUAGCGUUAUUAUUGAAAUAAUUAUGCUAAUUAUUGAAGAACCACUCUUCGACAUACUGCGUACCAAAGAACAACUGGGGUAUAGUGUGUACUGUUCGAUAAGAGAUACAUUUGGAGUUUUAGGCUACACUAUUACAGUCAAUGCUCAAGCCACCAAGUUUACUACGUCUUAUGUGGACGAACGGAUAGAGGCAUUUUUGAAACACACUAAGAAAUUAUUAUCGGAUAUUUCAAAAGAGCAACUAAAUCAGACCAAGGGCGAUUUAAUCAAGACAAAACAAUGUGCAGAUGUACAUUUAAAAGAGGAGAUGAAUCGUAAUUGGUCAGAGAUUGUUACCGAUGAUUACCUGUUUGACAAAUUAAAGCAAGAAGUUGAGGCUAUAGGUGAUAUCAAAAUUGAAGAAAUCAGAGAAUGGUGGGAUAAGCACAACAUUUUUGGAAAUCAAGAGAACUACAAAAAAUUGAGUAUUCAGGUUGUUGGUAAUGAUAAAAAUGUGGAUCAGAAACGUGCCAAAAGAGAUAUUACAGACUCAGCUAUGUCCACCAAGUACGCAUUUAAUAUGUUAGGUUCAGAAGAAAUAAGUGAGAAAGAAAGUAAGGCAAAAGAUUAUUUUAUAAACGAUAUUAAUAAAUUUAAAGAAGGGCUAGCUUUGUAUCCUAUAGUGCAAAAUUUUAAGUAAUUGUGGUAUUUGUGAUUUUAAAUUAUAAAUUGACUAAAGUGUUCCAUAUA